AUGGCUGCAGUUAAUAUUGUGAGUGCUAAUUCAAGCAACGUGAGACAUAUCCGCCCUCCCAUCGUCUCUUUCAAGCCAAGCAUGUGGGCUGAUAUUUUCUCUUCAUUUUCUUACGAUCAUCAGGUGCAGGAGAAGUAUACCAACGAAAUGGAAGUAUUGAAGAAAGAAAUUAGAAGCAUAUUGAUGGGUGCAGAGUCCGCUAGAUUGAUGAUAUUGAUCGACAAAAUAGAGCGUUUGGGACUCGCAUAUCAUUUCGAUAAAGAAAUCGAAGAGAAGCUCAAACAAGCGUAUGAUUCUGCAGGGGAAAACGAUGACGACUUGUUCACUACUGCGCUUCGAUUUCGUUUGCUCAGACAACACCAGUAUCAUGUUUCUUGCCAUGUUUUCAACAAAUUUGUUGAGAAAGACUGCAAAUGGAAAUCAGAAAGGCUUAGCAGUGACAUUGAAGGCAUGCUAAGUUUGUACGAGGCAGCUCAUGUGCGUAUCCACGAUGAAAAAAUAUUAGACGAAGCUGCGAAAUUCACGGUUGAUGAGCUGAAUAAAAUGUUACCAACACUAGAGUCUCCGAGUAAAGAGAAAGUGGAGCAAGCGUUGAAGCACUCCGUUCACAGGAGUCCUCUUGUUUUAACUAUCCGGUUUUACAUUUCCAUUUACGAAAGAGAAGCAGGGGCGGAUGGAUCACUUCUCAAACUAGCCAAAAUAAAUUUCAAUUUCUUGCAGAUUAUCUACAGGAAAGAACUGGCCGAAAUCACUAGGUGGUGGGAUAAAUUUGACUUAAAGAACAAAUUACCAUAUGCAAGAGACAGAGUUGUAGAGUGUUAUCUUUGGGGCAAUGCCUUCCGCUACGAACCUCAAUUCUCUUACAUUCGAGUAGUUGUCACCAUAAACCUGGUACUUGCCACAGUUAUAGAUGACACCUACGAUAAUUAUGCUACACUCGAAGAAGCUGAUCUUUUCACCCUAAUUUUGGACAGGUGGAAUUUGGAUGAGAUUGAUGUGCUCCCUGAUUUCAUGAAAGUUGUUUAUAGAUUCAUCAUGAGUAUAUAUGAAGAUUUUGUACUGGAAGCUGAAAAGCAAGGAAAAUCCUUCGUCGUUCCUUACUACAAAGAAGCAGUGAAAGAGCAAGUUAGGGCUUAUAACCAAGAGCAGAAGUGGAUCAUGGAAAGGAAAAUGCCAGGGUUUGAAGAGUAUAUGAGUAACGCAGUGUUUACGAGCUGUACGUAUUUGGUAUUCACAGCUCUUGUCCCUGGCACAGAAUCUGUUGAUGAAAAAACAGUUCAAUGGCUGCUCAGUGAGCCCAAAAUCGUAAUCUCCGCUGCUCACGUGGGCCGACUAAAUGAUGACUUAGGCAGCCAUGAAUUUUUCCGCUCGCUCUCGCCGCUCUCUGCACCUCCAAUCAUCGGUCGCGCACCUGCAGGGGAUGAUGAUGACGAUGAUGAUGGUUAG